AUGUCGUAUGAAACGAGGAUGUCAGAAAUCUGUGCUGAUCCUCAAGCUAAAGACUCUCCAGAAGUCUACACAGCCCAGCAUGCACUGCGACAGGCUCAGAUGUCGAAGGAACUGAUUGAGCUCAAUAACGUUUUGGCGCUAAAAGAGGCUUUUGUCAAGAAGAUGUGUCAGAAUGAUAAUCAUUUGGAGCCCAUGCAAACAGAAUAUCAGGAGAAUAUUCAAAGCCUGCAGGCUUCAGUCGGCUCUCUGCAGAAAGAGAAGGAAGAUCUCAUCCAGGCUCUGCAGUCUGCUAAGAAGGACACCAAUCAGGCCAAACUGAGUGAACAACGCAGGAAGAGACUUCAAGAGCUGGAAGGUCAAAUCACUGAGUUAAAGAAGAAGCUUCAAGAUCAAUCUAAGCUGCUUAAGCUCAAAGAGUCAUCUGUGCGCAGUCUGGCUAAACUCAACCUGGAGAUUCAG